CGUAAAGUGCGCGAGACGUAAUAGUUGAGCCCCGCGAAUUGUCCAUGUGGGCUCCUGUGAGUUGCUAUUUCCUCGCUCAUCAACAGCCUUGUUGAAUGGCUGCUCUGUUAGUGAAUACAUAAUCAUAACAAUAAUGUUUAUACUCUUCUCUCGGUUGCCGUUGGAACUCCGCCAGCGCAUUUGGCUGCUUGCUGUUGGCGAAGACCAACAAGCGGUCUGCCCAAUUUGGCCACUUAACUUAGUCUACGACGGCACGCGACGAUUUGAGACUGCUGAGACGUUGCCUCUGCUUCCACUGACCGUCGAUACGUCUUACCCGACAGUUAUGCAUGUUUGUCAAGAAUCGCGUGCCACCAUACAAAACCUGGCACAGAACAGUGUUCGCUUCCGCAAGUCGGAGGCUGCAGGCUGCGACACGCCCUUUCGCCUCUACGACCCAGACAUGGAUAUAUUAUACAUUGGUACCUGUGCAAUGCGCUUACUUGACCUCAUACCAUUCGAAUCAAAGAUUCCUGCGCAGAGAAUCCUUGAGGAACCACAAGAACAGCCCUUUUUCGACCUCUUGGUUGCGUCCAAGCACCUGGCGUUCGAGACUUUUGACUUCUUCGAGUACUCGUGGUAUUUGUGGCGGUGGAUGUGGGAAUACUCGCUUCCCUCUCCAAGUGAAGCGCUGAAUUUGGGAUUGCCGCUACCGCCCCCUUCCAAGACACUGCAUCUCGUUGUCCCAAGCUCGAAUUUUGUUGCAGAGAACACCGACCAACGCUUCAAACAGCCCGGUCGCCGUUGUCGACUGAAACCGCUGUCCACUGCAGCUCUUGACCAAGUUAUUAUACAUUCGUCGACUAGUGACUAUGGAGAGUACGAGCUCCGUUCUAUGCGCGAGGCUCUCAAAGAUAUCCGGCCUCGGCUCUUUAGUGCCUCGGAUGAGUUGGACGGACAGUGGAAAUGGGCACAGCAGAUCCCCGUUCGGGCUGACACUUUUGAAGAGUACCGUAAUGGCACGUGGGACGAAGUUUGCCGGGAUCGAGUGUAUGAAGUUGGAUAUGCACGAGCCCUUGCAGAUUAUGCUUCGGCGCCGCCUGUGCCGUUACGUGAUCGUCCAGAUCCAGUGCUUACUCGGCCGCAUGAUGUCGAUACUGGCUUUGAGCCGUGGAAAGACCCCCACCGCAUGAUAUAG